AUGAAGCCGCGCGAACGAAGCGCGCGGCCUCACUGUCGGCAUCCCUCCAAAUGCUUGGGAGCUCUCUUUGCCUGUUUGGCGGUGCUGCCUCACGGGCACCAGAACCUGGUUGGUGCGCGAUCACCCUUGGCGAUCACACGAUGGAGGAGCCUCCUGCCAAGGCACAGCCAGUCCUCGGGAGAGGCGCUCUGGCAGGAGGCCCUCCAGGCGGAGCGCAGCCGCUCAGAGCUGCUGCUGGGCAAGUUCGAGGAUCUCGAGGGCCUCGGGGCGGCUGACGCCCAAGACCGGCGCAGCUCUUUGAAGGAGGAGCUCUUGGGCUUCCUCAAGGAGGAGCUGCCCAAGACGCAGGCUUCCUUCGAGAAGCUGAAGGCCUACAACGACGAGCUGGACGAGGCCCUGCAACUGCUGCAGAACCCGCGCCGCAAGACCAGUGCACCCUCCUUCGUGCCAACCUCGGGCCGCCUCGCCGGAGAUCCUGUGACUAUUGACAUCUUGCCGCCCGUGCGCGAGACAGAUGGCCCUGCACUGGUGCCUGGCGCUGCGCACGUGCGCGUCUCGCUGCCUCUGAAGGAUAAUUCCGAGCUGAUGUGGGGCUCAGACCUGACGCCUCUUUACGAGCCUACUGGUGCACGGCUCAUGUGCUUUACGGCCUUCCUGCCGCUGGGCAUCCGUCUGUGGAGGCCCCUGGAUGUGCCAAGAAUAGAUGCCGACCUCGUCGUGGUGCUCUCGGUUGACCCCAAGAGCGAGGCUGAGACAUUGGGCAUUCAGGUGGGAGACAUUGUGAGGGCCGUGUCUUUCGUGGGGGCGGGCCCAGAGCCUGGCUGGCUGGACAAGAUGCUGGGUGCGGAGGCGAUGCCCAUGCAGCAGGUGAUGAAAUGCGAUGGCCGCUCGGCCGCCGAGGCUGGCAAAAGGGACGGUUGCUUUGACACCUCACUGUCCGAAGACCCCUUCACAUGA